AUGAGGUCCGCUGGCGGUGGCAUUUUUUCCUGUGGUAAAAGGCAGGAAAGAAACGCAUUGCAAAAUCUUUUAGGGGAAGGAAAAAAAGCAACUGUGUUGGCCGUGUCAUAUGAAUGUCACCUAUUUCCGGCUUACGAACAGUUUAGCACUUGGUUUGCGAUUAAAGAGAACGGCGACAAGUAUGAGUAUAAUCCGCAGAGUGGUGAUGAAAUUCAGUCAGAAAUCCAGUCAGAAAUCCAGUCAAAAAUCCAGUCAAAAAUCCAGUCAGGAACCAUUGGCAUAGAAGUUAUUCCAAAAGACAGCUGCCGCGUAGGCCUUGACAAUUUCAAAAACACGGACAUCAACGUUAUUUCAAAGAGCGACCACGAGAAUAAAGAUUUUAAAGAAUGCCCGUCAAACGGUCAAGAUGAUCUCCAGUUCCAAGCGUUCUUUCUUAAAUUUCUAGAAGACAUGAAUACCUUUAUGUUUUUGGACCCAAACAGAGCAAGAUGGUUUUUUACAUCUUCACUUAGUGGAUGUGAUAUCUUCGUGGCCAUUAAUAAGAAUAAACCUGACAAGCCUCUGGUAAUACACAGCAACAUGAACGCGAAAAAGGACAACGGCAAAGAUAAUCUCAAACAUAAAAGUGAUACUGUGGACGAUAUUAUGGGAAAUGUUGAUGAGGGUUACAAGUUGAAAGCCCGUGUUUAUCAUUCAAGUCCUGAUCCUGCUGCGCAGGAAUAUAUGGUGACGUAUAAAAACGAACACCCUGAUAUUGUCAAAAUCAUGGUUUACGAUACAGCAUCGCAUCCUUUAUUCUUAUUCUUUGGCCAUUAUUCAGAUUCGGCGUGGAAAUUUUUUAUCAAAGCAGAAAAUGGUGGUGAGACAUACAAAGUCUUGUGA